AUGUUAAACCGAAACGUCUCCUACGGCCGCGGUGGCGCAGGAAACAUCAGCCGCCAACAGACCCCCGCAACACCAAAUGACCUCGUCACGCCCACAAUCAAACAAGAAGUCUACACAACCGGUCGCGGCGGCUCAGGGAACAUGGUCGUCAAUGACCCCCACCGGCCCGAACUAGCGCGCGAAAGCCAGGACGUCGAGUCACCGCCUCUGCGCGCAGAGCAGCUGCCACACCACACGGGCCGAGGCGGCGCGGCAAAUGCGUACAUCCCCACGCCGGAAGAGGAAGAGCGCGGAAAGAAGAUCCAGGAGCAGGAGGCGGAGCUUAUGCGCGUGCGCACUCAGUCGAAGGAUCGGGUAAAGGAGAUUGAGCAUGAGAGACAGGAUUUGAGGAAGGAGUCACCGUCUGCUUAG